AUGAGAGCCCCAGCUGUCGUUGAUGCUCCUCGCAUCCCGGGCCCUAAGUCCAAACGUCGACCCCUUACCGACUGUAGAGCAUGCUAUUGCCCGGCCAACGUCUUGAUACCCAGCUGCGGCCAUUGGUACUGCCGCUCCUGCGUGGCAGAGCUCUUCAGAAGGGCAAUAAAAGACGAAGCCGAAUUUCCAGCAUACUGCUGUCGGGGCGAGAAGCUCGAAAUCGCUAUGGUCCGCAAGGUCCUCGAUGCCAACCUCAUCAAACAAUACGAGAGUAAGGAGUUUGAGUACAAGACUCCAGGCAAAGAUAGGGUAUAUUGCUGCGCCCCGACAUGUUCCGAGUUCAUCCAUCCGUCUUUGAUCAAGGACGAUAUUGCGACAUGCUCUGAGUGCCGGUCCAGGACGUGCAUACACUGCAAAGGGCAAGCGCACUCGGGAGAAUGUCCUCCAGACUAUGCGCUGAAGCAGCUAUUACUACUCGCGGAGAAGAACGGCUGGCAGCGCUGCUACUUCUGCAAUAGAGUGGUAGAAUUGGAAGAUGGUUGCGCUCACAUCUCUUGCCGGUGCGGCGCCGAUUUCUGCUAUAAAUGCGGAGGAUCGCUUGAUCUAGGAGAGUCGUCUGAAGAAUGCAAAUGCUAUGAAUUAGAUGUGGAUGGGCGUGAAGAUCCUGCUCCCGAUGACCUUGACAUUGAUUAUCGGGCUCUUGGAGUUUUCAAUAUCGACGACACCAGUACCUCGACAGUUGAGCUUCAGGAUAGUGCCGGGUUCGCGGAGGGAGGCCAGGAUGAAGACGAAUGCAACCACGAGGAGUUCAGAUUCGUACAGGGGUAUUUUUCUUGCGAAUUAUGCUCUGAUCCAGGAUAUCGGUUUUGUUACGAGUGUCGGGAAUGUGGGAUCCUGGCUUGCAGGCGCUGCAGGAGGGACUAUUUGUGUGUUAGGUAG